CAACAUCACUGUCUUCGUCUUCGAUAGUGAUAAUAAUCACCGCUUUAGUAAAAAACGGGGAAGGUAUCACCGCUUUCGACAACAGCGGGGAACACAUUACCGCUUUCGACAACAACGGAGAAGGUAUCACCCCUGCCGUCCAAAACGGUGAUUGCCUCACCGCUGUUGAGCAAAACGGUGAUUGCAUCAUCGCCGCCGACCAAAACGGUGAUAAUUGACCACGUUUUAGAGCCCUGGUAGGUGGAAAAUUAGGUCACGGUGAUUGCAUCAUCGCCGCUUUGGACAAAAGCGGUGAUGUGCUCACCGCAAUUGUCCACCGCGGUGAUUAGCUGGCAUUUUUCCCUAUAAAACCGACCCCCUCUUCCCUCAUGUUGCCUUACAGCAAAUUAGUACAAAAAUUAGUGUUUUUUUUGUCGUUUUCUCAGCUGGUUUGGAGUUGGUUUACUGCUCAAGAAACUCAUCGGGAUUCAGUAUGUUAUAAUUAUGUAUUGUUUACAUGUUGAUGUGUUAGUAAUUAUAUGUCUGUAUUUAGUGAAUUGCGGUUAUUGGCAAAUAUGUUAUGAGAUAUUUAGAUUAAUUAUGAUAUGAUAGAUGUUAGUUAGUUAGUUAUGAAUUUAGAUGAAUUUGUUUAGUUUUCUCAUGAUAGAUCAAUUAGUUGCGUUAGUUUAUGGGUUUGGAUGAUAUUGUUUUUGUCCCUAAUGUACUAAUUAUAUACUAUACUUAAUUAUUAUAAAUUGCAGACAUGGGUAAAUUUAAGAAGUUUCGGCUUAUUAUUCGGUGAAAUGGUCGGGUGACAAACUCAAACAUUGGGAUCGACUAUGAAAAUGGCGAAUCCACUAUGCUAAAAAUUGAGUCGAGAUUCUCGUGGCAAGAACUCCAUGACAUUUGUGCAAAAAGGACUUGUACGGGCGGGCAAAGGAGAGUUGGUCAAAUUGCUUAUCGGUAUCCAAACAUGAGUGCUGACGGAAUCAUGUACGAAAAAGUUGUCAUAAAUGAUGAUGACUCGGUGAACAUGAUGAUACAGUUCCUAUCUGACAACGGGUUGCGGCUUGCAGAGGUGUAUGUCGAGACCGAGCCGGUCGGUGAAACUCAUUCUCACCAGUAUUCUUGUGAUGAUGGUUUUGCAGGAGGGUAUGACUGGGGUGGUAGUUCAAGUAACUACGGAGGAGGUACUUCUGCAGGAGGGUAUGGCUGGGGUGGUACUUCAAGCAACUACGGAGGAGGUAGUUCUGAAGGAGGUGUUGGGUGGGAAGAGCCCGACGGUGAUCAAUGGCCUGCUUGGGGUCCAGAGUGGGCUGACAUUGAGACCACCCUUCGAUCUGGACGUACUUCGCAUGACCAAGAAGACGAUGUUGGUUAUGCUGGUAACGAUGACCAUCCUGAGUCGAGCUAUCCAUUCGCCUCUAGUGACGAUGAAAGUGAGGAAGAUUUGAGAUUAGUCAGUGAGGAGGAAGAUACAAACGAUGUCGACGAUAUCGAUGAUAGAGAGGUGGCGUUCCGUCAGGCACCAACGCCUUACUGCACAGAGGUUCCUGAUCAAUUUUUAUAUGGUCAGAACGAUGCCCCUGACUUUCGGCCCAUGCCUGUGUAUAAUCCGACUACUAAUUUGGAAGUGGGUAUGGCGUUCACCACUCUUUUGGAUUGGAUGGCUUGGACUUUGGCCAUUGGUGAAUUGCAUCUGAAAUAUCAGCAGCUACCUGAGUAAAGUAAACAAAGGCACGAAGCACCUCCCAAAUCCUACCGGUAAAGCUGCAAGUGAGAAAGAUGUGAUUAGCGUCUUCCUCACUCAUCCUGCAUAGAACACAUUUGCUGGGAAAGCUCCACCCUCUCUUCUUUAAAGAGUCGUGAGUGAGGAUCUUCUUCUGUUUUACCGCCCACAGGAAAGUGCACACCUUGGUAGGAAUGUGUCGCUGCCACAUCGUUCUGAAAGGGAAGUCCUCCCUUGGCUGAAACUUCUCCUUUACAAGACCAAGGUACAUGGAUCGCACGGUAAAAGGAGCAUCAGCUGCUGCCAGCCAAGUCAUGCAAUCUGGACCUGUGGAAAAGAAAGAAAGAUCAAGGGAAUUAAGAAGAUUAAAUAAGCCCUCCCUCUCUCUCUUAGCCCCGCCUCUUAGCGAAUAUUAAGAGGUAUUUCCCAAACAAAGCACUCAUUCUCAAUACGAAAGCAUUGUGAAACCGUCGCAAGCGGGAGAACUGCAGCAGCCGCCACUCUUGGAAAAACCACAGGAAGAGUCCUUUCGCUGAGCCAAUAAUCUUGCCAGAAAGAA